AUGGUAGAAACAGAGAAUCAGCGUCCAUUACUGAUAUGGAGCGCACAUUUUAACUUCAAAAUGUUUGGUCCAGUAGCAGCUCAACUAGAAAUGGCAAUCACAUCAGAAGAGCUAAUUAGUUCGGAAUAUCGCUCAGGACGAGUGAGAAAUGCCGAAGAAAUUCUUGAUCAUCCUUUGGUCAACGAAUGGCAGCGCAGAGGCUUACCAGUUGUUGUUGCUGGAGAUCUUAACACACCAUCACAUCUCGACUGGACGGUUGCGACGAGAAAGCGCCACGGUGACUGGGUGGUCCGGUGGCCGGUGACAGAACUCUUCGAGAAGGCUGGAUUUCAUGAUGCAUAUCGAACAAUUUAUCCGAGUGCUGUCAUUAAUCCAGGCAAGUGCAAUCUUGAGUCGUAA